AUGGCCCACCAAACCCCCACCGUUGUCAUGGACAACGGUACGGGGUAUUCCAAGUUAGGUUUCGCCGGUAACGAUUCUCCGUCGUUCGUCUUCCCGACCGCCAUUGCGACCAAGGGUCCGGCCGGCGGCAGUACCACUGGCUCGGGCCGUCCCCCGGUUGCUCAGAAGCCCUCCUUCCUGACCGGCGGUGCCGGCCCUUCGGGCCAUCUGUCGGCAAAGCGUGGCACUGAGGAUCUCGACUUCUUUAUCGGCGACGAGGCCAUCGCAGCCGCCUCCGGGCCAGGAUAUGGGUUACACUACCCCAUUCGUCAUGGUCAAAUCGAGAACUGGGACCACAUGGAGAGGUUCUGGUCCCACUCCAUCUUCAAGUAUCUCAGAGUCGAGCCCGAAGACCACUACUUCCUCCUUACUGAGCCGCCCCUGAAUCCUCCGGAGAACCGCGAGAAUACCGCCGAGAUCUUCUUCGAGUCCUUUAACUGCGCCGGUCUCUAUAUCGCCGUUCAGGCCGUGCUGGCACUCGCCGCGUCCUGGACAUCGCCUAAGGUGACCGACCGCUCGCUGACUGGCACGGUCAUCGACUCCGGCGACGGUGUGACGCACGUCAUCCCCGUUGCCGAAGGCUACGUGAUCGGAUCCUCAAUUAAGUCGAUCCCGAUCGCAGGCCGUGACAUCACCUACUUCGUGCAGUCUCUGCUGCGCGACCGCGGCGAGCCGGACUCGUCCCUCAAGACGGCCCAAGAAAUCAAGGAGAACUACUGCUACGUCUCGCCCAACAUCGUCAAGGAGUUCUCCAAGUACGACCGCGACCGCAGCUACUUCCUUAAGCACCCCGUGAUCCAGCCGGGAGGGCGCCAGGUUACGGUGGAUGUCGGUUACGAGCGCUUCUUGGCUCCGGAGAUCUUCUUCAACCCGGAGAUCUACUCGUCCGACUUCCUGACCCCGCUCCCCGUUGUCGUCGACCAGGUCAUCCAGUCGUCGCCCAUCGACGUGCGCCGCGGCCUGUACAAGAACAUCGUCCUGUCCGGCGGCAGCACGCUGUACAAAGACUUUGGUCGCCGCCUGCAGCGCGACAUCAAGCAGCUGGUAGACGAGCGCAUCCGCCAGAGCGAGCUGCGCAGCGGCGGUGCCAAGAGCGGGGGUUUGGAGGUCCAGGUCAUCACGCACAAGCGCCAGCGUCAUGGUCCAUGGUUUGGUGGCAGCUUGCUUGGGCAGACGCCGGAGUUUAGGUCGUAUUGUCAUACUAAGGCGGAGUACCAAGAAUACGGUCCUGGAAUUGUCCGGAGAUUUGCCCUGCUGGGUGGUCCCGGUGGUUCUUAA